AAGUGGCGCUUCAACGUCUUUCAAGACAGAAGUUUCAAAAGCGAUUUCCUGCAGUAACAUCAACAUGUCUGGAGACAGUGAUCUAGAGAUUGAAGAGGCUUUCCGGAGAGCACAGAAAGCUCAUAAUAACAAGGCCAAACUUGUUGCCAGUUUGAAGAACAGAUAUAAUAAGUUGGAAGAUAAGACUGAAUUCCACGAAGAGUUCAUCCGCUGCCUGAAGUAUGCCAUGAUCAUUUACACCCGAGAGCCGGCGGUGGAGAACGUCAUUGAGUUUGUCACAAGGUUUGCUGCUAGUUUUGAAACUCCUGUUAAUGAGAAUGCUGAAGAGGAGGAGGAGGACGAGAAUGAGUUUUUGAACGUCCUGCUCAACUUCCUGUUAGAGUCUCAUGGUGCAAACAGCCACGCGGUGAGGUUUCGUUCUUGUCAGCUGGUGAAUAAGCUCCUGGGCAGUCUGGGUGAGAAUGCUCAGAUUGAUGAUGAUCUGUGGGAUAGGAUCCACGAGGCCAUGCUGAUCCGAGUCACAGACAAAUACCCUAAUGUUAGGAUUCAGGCAGCACUGGCCAUGUCCAGACUCCAGGACCCCAGUAACGUGGACUGCCCCACUAUUAAAGCUUAUAUGCUGCUUUUGGAAAAUGACUCAAACCCUGAAGUUAGACGAGCUGUGCUGUCUUGCAUCGCUCCCUCGGCCACUACACUUUCUAAAAUCUACAAGCGCACCCGGGACGUCAAAGAGAAAGUCAGGAAACUUGCUUAUCAGGUACUGGCAGAGAAAGUGCAUAUUCGAGCACUGAGCAUUGCUCAGAGAGUCAGUCUAUUGCAUGAAGGUCUCAGUGAUUCUGCAGACUCAGUGAAGGAGGUCGUCAAGACCCAUUUGCUGCCUGCUUGGCUUCGCAUGCAGCAGGGAGAUGUUUUGCAGUUGCUUCACAGAUUGGAUGUAGAGAAUUGUGCAGAAACUGCAAUGACUACUUUACAAGCCAUCUUCUCCAUGGCAUCAAGCCCCGAUGACCUCCUGCAGAACGGGGUCAGGCUGAAUGAGAGGAAACUAAUCCCCGUGGACUCCCUAACAUGUGAAAAUGUGUUGUACUGGAGAGCGUUGUGUGAGUUUGUCAAGAAUAAAGGAAACGAAGGUGAGGAAUUACUGGAGCAGUUACUCCCAGAGACGGCCAUCUUUGCUGAGUACCUGUACAGUUAUCUAAAAAGCAUCACUCAGCUGUCUGAGGAACAGAGAGCAGAUAUGACACAGCUUGAGAUGGUGAUGACCCAAGAGUUCAUUGGACAGCAGCUGAUUCUUCUAGUCGGGUGUCUGGACACUUCUGAAGAAGGCGGCAGGAAGCGCAUGGUUGCAGUGCUGCAGGAAGUUCUUCUGAUGUCCAACACGCCCAGCGCUCUGAUUGGUCUGCUAGUGGAGAAACUGAUUGGAAUUCUACGAGACGAUGCACAGAAAAUUCAGAUGAUCGCUGAAAUAAUAUCUGACGUGAGAGAGCCCAUUUUGCCCAUCUCUGAACCUGUGGAUGAGAAUGAGAAACGCAGAAAACAAGUCAAACUGGCUGAGGUUCGAGUGCAGAUAAUGGAGGCGAAGCAGACUCUAGAAGAAUGCAUCAGCUGUCAGGACUUCAGUCGCGCAGCUGAGCUGAAAGAAUCCAUCUCUGAGCUCGAGGAGCUGAAGAACCAGCUCGUCCUGGAGGCGUCACAGUCUGCUGACAACAUCAAGGAGCAGCGUGUGGAAAAGUUUCCACAAAAAUAUGAAGCAGCACAACUGAUAAUGAGUGAUCCAACCACCUUGCUGAAAUGUCUGACAAUGUGUGCCGAGCUGUUCAAGCAAAUGAGCAUCAAGAGAGGAAUCUGCCCUACAAUGAAUGCUCUGAUUGAGUCACUGAUACUGCCAGGUGUGUCCAACCCUAACCCUGCUGUUCGCAACAUGGCUGUCAUCUGUUUGGGAACCGCUGCCCUCCACAGUAAAGACCUUGCCAACACACACCUUGUGCUGCUCUUGCAGAUCACACAGCUAGACGAGCCUAAAAUCAGGAUCAGUGCUCUCCGAGCUCUCAUCGACCAGCUCCUGCUCAAUGGCCUCAACAUCCUGCAAGACAAGCCUGCUCCUGUCUCCCAAGACGACAGUACCGAGCAGCCUGAACAUCAAGCUGAGGAGGAGAGUACCAUUCAGAGCAUCCUGAAGAUGCUCUCAGACUUCCUUGAUAGUGAGAUCUGUGAGCUCCGCACAGAGACUGCAGAAGGUCUGGCAAGGUUGAUGUACUGUGGGAGAAUCCUGAGUCCAAAGCUGUUGUCCCGUCUGGUGCUGCUGUGGUACAACCCUGUGACCGAGGAUGACCAAAGACUGCGCCACUGCCUGGGGGUGUUCUUACAGCUGUAUGCCCGCGCCAGCAGAACAAAUCAAGAGUGUGUGGAGGAGAGUUUUCUUCCAACCAUGAGAACUCUGUUCAAUGCUCCUGUGACAUCUCCGUUGUCUGAGGUAGACACCUCCAACGUGGCUGAACUGUUUGUUGAACUAACUCGACCCAGCACUCUUGUGAAGCCUGCAGCGGUACAGGCUGUGUCUGUGCAUGACUCUCUGGCAGUACGUGUCUGUAAUGAAAUCUUGCGAGACAUUUCUGCUCCCGAGGUGCGUCUCUUCUGUAAAACUCUCAGCUGGCUGGAGAUUAACACUGAACCUGGACCAGCUAACUGUGAAUUGCAACUCCUGUUAAAAGACAUUUUACAGGAAGUAAAAGAUAAGCACUGUAUAAGGAUUAUUGAGAAGCUUUGUAACCAGCUAAAUGGAGAUCGUUGUUCCAAAUCAGCUGGUAACCAGGACACAACUUUGCAGAACUUGGAUGACAACAAUGGAGAGGUGAACAAAGAUGAAACUAAAGCUAAACGUGCAAAAAGAGGCCAGAAAAAAGCUUCCACUGCAAAGAAUGGCAAGAAAGCCAGUAAAGCAGAGUUGUCCUCUGAGGAAAGUGAUGAAGAGAAUGUUCCUGAAGAGCCUUCAUCAGUAAGACCAACUCGCCGUGCAAAGAUGGCUGCAAUAGAUAAAACAAAGCAGGAUCUGACUGCACUAAUGAACCAGGAGGCCAACGGUUCUUAAGAAGGUCCACUUUCGGAGCUAGUAUGCAUGGCCUGAGAAGCUCGGCUGAUGGUGAGGUCCAGAGGCCCGUCAGGAUCUGGUUGAUGAGGGAGAAGCUCAGAGCUGUCGCUCAGGCCAUUCAGGCCUUCGUGAGCCUGGCUUUUACAUGCAUACUCUAAGGC